AUGAAGAUUUCGGCGCUUUUGCUUUCUUCGGUUUCAAAAGCUGCCUCAGUCUUCGAUGAUUUCUGCGAUGGUAGAACAGAUGGACUCUAUCAAUACCCUUGGGAUUGCGAGAAAUUUUACAACUGCGCCCAUGGAGUAACUCAUAUUCAAAAUUGCGCCUCUACAACAACUACGGUUAUCACAACAACUUCAUCAACAACAUCAACAACCUCAACAACAACUGCUCCACCAACAACCUCAACAACGUCAAUUUCAACGACGACAAAUGAGCCAGCUCCUGCCGACUGUAACGACGGUUUCAAUGGAGGCUGCUCGCACUACUGCAACAACAACAUGUGCUCUUGCCCAGACUGCUGGAGCAUGAAAGAAGAUGGAAAAACUUGCCUGCCACAGAGCGAUCUUGCUGAAAUCACCUGCUCGCCAACUGGCAUGUCUCUUUCUCUUCACCAAUGCGUCCUCCCCGGCGUAUCCGCGCCAACCCUUCUCGACACCGACUGCACUGCCACUCUCGCCGAUGAUACAUUCACUCUCGACACGACCCUUGACGGAUGCGACACGGCUUUCAUUCUUGAUGACGACGUCGUCACUUUUACCAAUUACCUUCUCGCUCCAGGAGGCGUCACUGGCGGAAUCAUGACCUCCAAGCCAGUUCAACUCGAGUUCUCCUGCGAUUUCGCUGUCGGCGCCAAUGUCAAUCUGACCACCACUGGCAACGGUCUCUUUGGUAACACUUCUUUGGCUUCUGCUCCGAUUGAAGUAACCUUCGGCGUUGGUGAUGAACAACCCGCUUUUGGCGCUUUCUCGUACACCCUGGCAUUCUACGAGGACGAGAGCUUCGAUACGCUGAUGGAUAUGGAAAACAAAAUCGUCAGCGUUGGCGAUACCAUCUACGCCGCCGUUAGCGUCGAUGUUCCUGUUGCGGGGCUUGAAUUCACCAUUGAGGAAUGCGUGAUCGAAGAUCCCGCCGCUGGAAUGAGCCUGACCAUGAUCGACGCCCAAUGCGGUGAGCCAAUCAUCGAAACGAGCAUCGGCAGCUACUCUGAUUCGGAAAUGAUCACCUUCUCCUUCAUGUCAUUUUUGUUCCCAUCCAAAUCGCGAAACUGGUCCGAACAAUCGCAAAUGCAGCUCAGUUGCUCUAUUUACGUCUGUGACGAACACGAUAGUGGCUCCCUCUGCUCUGUUGACCCCGGCUGCGGCUCUAGAAAACGAAGAUCUGCAGAAGUCAAUAGAUCCCUUUACACUAACUCUGUUCAAUUCAAUGUCAAGCAGUAG